AUGACCGGCAUGACCGCCGACCAAAGGGGAGCGAAGAAGGCUCGCCGAGAAUCAAGCAUCAAGGAGGACAACAAACGCGCCACAAGCAAGGAUGACGGCGGCCAUCGAGGUGCCAAGAAGAUUUGUGGCAACGAAACGAAAGUGAACGGAGGCAUGGGUUCCUCGGAGGGGAGCGUUGGCGCCAUUGCCACCGCUGCCACCGCAGAUACCUCUGAGAUGAGCACGAAAUCACCAGCAGCAAAACCAUCGGUGAAAUCGACCAGGAAAGUAAAAGAACCCGCCGACACUAUUGCACCGCCUCCUCAACCGACCAGCCGGCCGUCGGAGGGAAUGGCUCCCUCUGUUGAGAUGCUCAUUCUGAGGCAGGCGAGGGAGGCGGCAAAAACGGAGGCGGAGGCCAGCGGUGGCGGUCGAAGGCCGCGCGCUCCCUCACGCCGCGCUCUGGAAGCCUCCGGUCGACUGAGGGGCGACGGGGCUCAGUGGAAGACCCGGGAGAAAAAGCCCGGGCAAGCCAGGGNAGAGCUCAAGGAGCUAUUGUACGGCUGCUGUUGCUCCAAUACAGGAAACGAUGCGGGGAUGCUGUUGGGCACGAAAACUGUCGUAACGUAA